UUAAAAAUCUUGCAUUCUGCAUCUAUCUGUCUAGUGGAGUUUAAGCUUCAAGAUUCCAAUUACAGUGACAGACACAUUGAUGACAAUCUUUCCCCAACUUACUUCCCCAAACAACCACCAAUCAUCACCUCAUCAUUAACAACCAUUUGCCCUCAAUGGCCGAUCAAUCCAGACCAGUCACCGGCUACCCCGCCACCACCACCACCGGCCACCCAACCACCACCGCCACCGCCUACCCUUACGUCACCCCACCCCCACAAAACCCUUACUUCCACGUCACCAACAACCCUUACUACAACCCCUACGCGCCUCCUCCACGCGCCACCACCUUCGUCCACCGCUUCUUCGCCUUCCUCAUCGGCAUCAUCCUCACCACCGGCGUCAUCAUCUUCAUCAUGUGGCUCGUUCUUCGUCCUCAAAUCCCCCAAUUUCGCGUCGAAACCCUAACCCUAACUAACUUCAACGUUUCUUCAAAUUCGUUAGUUUCAGGUAACUGGGACGCUCGGUUUGUUGCUACAAACCCUAAUUCGAAAAUCGUAUUGUAUUAUGAUGAAAUUGAAGCUGCAGUUUAUUAUAAAUCGGAUUCGAUUUCGGAGACUACAGUGGCUCCGUUUGUGCAGGGGGUUAAGAAUGAGACCAAAAUUAGGGCAAUGUUUGCGUCAUUAACAGCGUAUGUUGACGGUCGGGAUGGGAUUAACGGCGAAAGGAGCCGUGGGACUGUUGGGUUUAAUUUGAGGAUGGUGAGUAGGGUUCGGUUUCAGGCGGGUUCUUGGUGGGCUAGGAGGAGGGUUUUGAGGGUUUAUUGCCCGAAUCUGUCGGUUCGGGUUGAUGGAAAUGGUGGUAAUGGGUCUUUAGUUGGCGGUUCGAAGGAAUGUAGUGUGGGGUUGUGAAUUGGUUAAGAAAGAUUUUGAGUCGCGGAGCUGCAUUGAGCAAUUUGAGGAAGUAGUGUGUUCGACAAUUCUUGAGGCAAUAACGACUAGUGUAAACCAUUCAUAUUAGCCUUUUUUGGUUCAACAUGAAGUCACAACCUUAGCAAUGGUUUGAAAAGCUGGAAUGUCUGUUUGUUUGUAUACAUGUUCUUACCCUCUCCCAUGAGAAAUUUCAAUUUGUAUUAUAAGGAAUCUGAUUGGUUUUACGGAAUUUUAUGUUUAUAUUCAUGCUAA